AAGACAUUCGGAUUGCGUGACGCGUGGUCCACACACCUUCGCAUCAGCUCGUGGAAGAAGGUACUACAGCACUUCACUUUUAGGUGAGUGCCGCUAUUAAAAGAUCUCUUUUAUUGCAAAAACCGGGCUGCUUGCUUUCGUGGGUUAGCUGUCUCCUAAGAGGCUCGAGGAACUAUUUGGUCAACUAACUCUGUUACUUUUUAAACUGUGUUCGCUAAAUAUAAAUAAGUAGAAUGUGGAGGCAUCUUGGAGUUUGGGGUUCCUUAAUCCUUGGAUUUCUGCUCUUUUUAGGCAAGGUCGAAGGCCAAAACAGGCCAGCUAACUUAGGUGACCUCAUUACGAUUAUCCGAUACCAGAAUUCUCCAUGCAAAGGCAUUUCUGGGGACGAAGGCACUUGCCUUAGUGAUGCUAAUGACUGCGAAAGACGCAAAGGAACUAAUAUUGGAACAUGUGCUCGAGGGCUUAGUACCUGCUGUCUCGCUAAAUUCACUUGCGGUGACAUAACCAGUCAAAAUGAAACUGUGUUCGUAAACCGAAACUAUCCCAAUCAAGAAAACGGCACCGACACGUGCCAAGUAACCAUUGAGAAGCAAGACAAUGUCUGCCAGUUGAGACUGGACUUCCACGAGUUCUUCUUGACCGACCCCGAUGACAUGGGUCUGUGCACCACCGAUUCCUUCAUGGUGAGAACAACUGUUGGUGAAAGGCUGCCCAUCCUGUGCGGUGAAAACAAAGGACAGCACUUGUACGUUGACAUGGGCAGAGGAUCAGGAAAUCCAGUUGUCCUCAGUGUUGUCAGUAAUGGUGAUAAAAUGUCAAGGAAAUGGAAGAUCAAAAUUUCUAUGAUUGAAUGCGGAAGUCUUAAUAUGGCCCCUGCAGGAUGCCUUCAGUAUUACAGGAACCCCAGUGACGUCGUCAGGAGUUUCAAUUAUGGUCCCCGACUCGAGAACCAGGUUCGCUACUUGAGCAAUCUCCGUUACACUUCUUGCGUGAGGGUCGAGGAGAACUUCUGCUCCAUCAAAUGGGAGACUGAAACUCCUGGAGCAUUCUCUUGGGGUCAGCCUUUUGAUGGUGGUGCCAGCGGAUCCAUUUGCAAUGAAGACGACUUUGUAGGCAUUGACCAAGGGUCAGAGGAUGGUAUGGGACCUGGAGAAGAUCGAUUCUGUGGAACCAAGCUUCACGAAAGGGAUAUGUUGAUAUCUCGUAGCAAGCCUUUCAUGUUGCGUGUGAAGAGUAACCACGAUGCUACCCAGAACCUCAAGAACUCGCAAUACGGGUUCUCCCUGCGUUACACCCAAUUACCUUGUAUGAUCUGAUCUUAGGCAGCUUAUCCAAUGAACUCAGGUCUGCGACUUUUGCUUGUAACCUGUCCGGAGCUGGUUUUCUCCGGUAUGUGGCAACCCUGUCAAAAUUCAAGAUAUGGACUCUUGACAAUAUCAUUAUUUAAAGACUCAUUUUAAGUUAAUCUUCAUCUGAACUGAGACGGGGAAGGCCCUAUCCCUGGCAUUUUACUUUUAUUUAUAAUUCAGACUUCAGAGCUGCGAAAUUUGAAGAUGCAAAUUUAUUUCAAUUUUAUUUUAUUUAAAAAUUAAUUUAUUUUUCAUAUCAAAUCCAAAUCAUCGUUUUGGUGAAAUUAAUGUAUUUUCUAAAGGUCUAACUUUUAAGGCAAUGCUUCUUAUUCUAUUCAUAGUUUUUUCCCAGAUUGAAAAAAAAAUCAUGUGACUAAAUUAUUACAAAAAAAAUCAAGAAAUAAAUUAUUAUUAAGUAAUAAAAUAACUUAAAAUAACUGUUCAAAAAAAAUUUAUGAAAUAUUUUAAAUCAAAGUGAAUUUUUAACUACUAUUUUUACAAAUAUUGAAAUAUUUGAACUAAUCAGUCACUAUGAAACUGUCUCGAUUCCAUUCUGGUGUCUUAACAGAUAAAUUAAAAAUCAUUGUCCAAUGUUUUUUAUUGCAUUCAUCAAUUACUCAGUUAUAUGCAAUUUUUAACCGAAUUUGAUAACAAAUUUUGGCGUAGUUUUUCACUUCCAGUUUUUUAUUUAUUGCUAAAUAAUAUAAAUAAAUAUUAUUAUCAUAAAUAUUUGCAUUUUUCUCUAUGAAAUUGCGCAUUUUGUGUAUAAAUGCAUUUCAGCACUAGUUCAAAUACAUUUAUUUUUGUACUGUACUCAAUUUGUUUUCAUUGUUUCCGGAUAGUUAAAAUCAUUUUUAAAGUCUUUGAAAAAUUUUCUAGUGAAUUUGUAGCUCCACCGAGGCUGAAUUACCAUUGUGUUCCAGCCAAACCUCUUGGCCGCGGCAACGCGCUAUGUUUUUUUGUUUUAUUGUAUUAAAAAGUGUCAUUAUUUGUUUUUGUUCUCUCAUCAUUAAUAUUAACUCAUUUUCAUUCCAGUAAUUUAAUUUUUUAAUAAAUUGAUUUCAUAUAUA